AUGGCAGAGUACCUCAAGACCGAGUACAACACGCCUGGGACAACGACAGCCGCCACCAGCGACGCAUCCACCGCCAUCGAGCAGCGCCGACGGGUCUCCGCGCGGAGCUUCUUGAGCGGGAACGUCGAUUCGAACAGUAGCUUGCUGCAACUCAUCCUCUUCUGCUUCUUGACGGGAUUCACGAGCGCACCGACGUUCCUGGCAUGUUAUCUGUGGUGCGGGUUCCAGACCGGUGGACUCGUUCAGCUGUCACUCGCCGUCGCACGACUAUUCGCAACGAACGACCGGACGUUUCACAAGCCCGACCAGCAAGCCUUGACAUCGCUCCUCGCCUUCCUCCUCGGCAGCUCUAUCGGGCGCAUUGGCGACAAAGUCGGGCCGAAGCGGAGAUGGUGGAUCAUGACGGCGACGUUCAUCAUGGCGCUGUUUACGAUGGCGGCGGCGCUGUGUGCGCACUUUAGCUAUGAGCCGAGUGUGGCUGAGUUCCGAACAAACGCUUCAUGGCAGAAUGCGAGGGGGAUGGCGGCGUUGGCCUUCGCGAGUGCGAGUCUGGGUCUCCAGGGCAUCGUUGCAAAGCGCCUGAACACAGCGUUCGGCGUGAGUCUCGUCUUGACAACGGUUUGGGUCGAACUCGUCAACGACCCCAAGCUGUUUGUCGCCAAGUACGUCAAGUCGCGCGACCACCGAAUCUUCGCCGUCUUCUUCGCCUUCCUCGGGGGACUGUGCUCGGCCGGCAUCGUCUUUGCCAGCUCGAGCGCCGUCGCUUUCGCCGCAUGCACAGGCAUCCGCCUUGUCAGUGUGUUGUCCUGGCUCUUCAUCCCGCUCGAGAAGGAGAAGUAG